AAAUGUCGCAGUACAUUCCUUACGGUGGAUUCAAGUGGGUUGAGCCAACUCUCGAUGGACUUAAUAAUUUAACCGAUACCUCGCCUAUUGGAAGGAUAUACGAGGUUGAUGUAUCCUAUCUGCAUGAAUUACAUGACAAACACAACGACCUGCCUUUUCUACCACAAAACGGUAUACCUAAAGGCUCCAAGCUACGGAAGCUCAUGGCAACAUUAGAGCCCGAGAAAUAUUAUAUUGUUCACUAUGGGAGCCUUCAACAAGCGAUUAAAAACGGGUUGAUUGUUGACAAAGUACAUAGAGUAAUAGAGUUUGACCAGUCAGAUUGGCUUGCCAAAUAUAUCAAUUUGAACACAGAGUUGCGUAAAAAGGCUAAAAACGAUUUUGAGAAAGACUUUUUCAAGUUGAUGAAUAACAGCGUAUUUGGUCAUUUA